ACAGAGACACACACAGACACAAACACGCACAGAAGAAGAAAAAGAAAAGAAAAAGAUUCUUAGAAUCGUAUCGUAACGCAUUACAUGGAUCCAAUUCCAAAUCCAUUCGCACCCAAUCAUUCCGAUUCCGAUUCCGACUCAGUGAGUUGCUUCGUCACUGAUCUCUUCGAAUCUCGCUCUUCCGACCGUUCUCGCCCAUGUUCCUGCCAUGAUAUAAGCAUAAACCCCUUUUCUGGUGUCGUUUGCGAUCUUCAUCACGGGGAAUUAGGGUUAGGGUUAGGGUUUGGAGGUGGCGAUGAUUCGGUGGGCGAUAAUUCCGGUGGGCUUAGGGUUGUUGGAUUCGGUUCUGAUUCAGAUUCGAAUAGCGAGGAAGGUGAGCUUGAUAGAGCUAUGGAGUUCAGUUCUGGUGUUGAUGGUGAUGAUGAUAGGGUUGGUGUUGGUGGUGCGUUUGAUGAUUUCGAUGUUCGAUUGUGUUGGGAUAGUUUGUGUUUGGAGGAUCAGAGGACACUGAAUGAGAGUUUUGAAUGGGAGGAGGUAGAAGAAAGGGUGAAUGAGGUUGAGGUUGAUGGUGAAUCAAUAGCAUCUGGGUUUACGAAUAGCGGCGAAGAAGCAAUUAGGGACCUCGAAUGGGAGAUUCUCUUGGCUGUGAACAAUUUGGAUAGGAAUUCUGGUUUGGAACAUGAUGAUUCCAAUGGUGCUGAUUCGUAUUUAGCUGUUCCUGAAGGUUUUUUUUACACUGCUGAGGUUGAUGUUCUAUUUGGGCAGUUGCUGGAGAAUGAUAAUGGAUUGAAGGGUAGUCCUCCGGCCGCGAAAAGUGUUGUGGAGAAUCUUCCUCUUGUGGUGGUGGAGGAGUUGCAAGGGAAGAACGUGGUGUGUGCUAUUUGCAAAGAUGAGAUGUUCUUGGAGGAGAAGGUGAGGAGGCUUCCUUGCUCUCAUUGUUAUCAUGGAGACUGCAUUUUGCCUUGGUUGAGUAUUCGGAAUACUUGUCCGGUUUGUCGGUUUGAAUUGCCCACAGAUGAUCCUGAUUAUGAGCAGAGGAAAUGCCAGAGGGCUGCUCAUGAACUGUUGGAGCUUGCAGCACAAAUGCAAUUUUGACUUGUUGCUUCAGAAUUUAGAGAGAACGAGAGAGAAAAGAGAGAGAGUAAGAGCCUUGAACUCAUGUGUAUUUGAUAAAUGAUGAAUUAAUA